AUGCACUGGGCGCAAACCAAAGAGCGCUUUGCUUUCCAGAUGAGGACUCUUCAGGGUUUUGUACCCUCAUCCCAGCGAGGCGAUGGGCUUUCCUUCUUUAGCUGGGAGCCCUAUCAUAGCCUUCGCGAGCUUCGAGUGUGUGAGGAGCGGGUGGAAUCUGAGACGGAGGAACCUGGAGCUAAGCUUUUUCUGCCAAUGAAUCGGCCCACGAAUAACCGCACGACUCGCCCACUACUCUUGGGGAAUCAGGGCACCGAGAGUCCGGAGCUGUCCACCCGCUCCCAGGUCUCCCGGAGAGGGAGGGAUCCCUGUUUGUCUCCCAGACCCGAACCAAUUGAAACAGGAGGCUGGCUUGGAAGCUGCCUCUGGAGUGCUGCCGUCAGGGUGUUUUUCCUAAGGCUUGUCCAGUGGUGUGCUGUGUUUUCAGGUUCUGGGCGUGGGGAGGCGGAGACGCGGGAGUGCCUCUACUACAACGCCAACUGGGAGCUGGAACAUACCAACCAGAGUGGCCUGGAGCGCUGUGAGGGCGAGCAGGACAAGCGGCUGCACUGCUAUGCCUCCUGGCGCAACAGCUCAGGCACCAUUGAGCUUGUCAAGAAGGGUUGCUGGCUGGAUGACUUCAACUGCUACGACAGGCAGGAGUGUGUGGCCACCGAGGAGAAUCCGCAGGUGUAUUUCUGCUGCUGUGAAGGCAACUUCUGCAACGAGCGCUUCACCCACCUGCCGGAAGCAGGGGGUCCAGAAGUCACGUACGAGCCACCCCCGACAGCCCCCACCCUGCUCACGGUGCUGGCCUACUCGCUGCUGCCCAUUGGAGGCCUCUCCCUCAUCGUCCUGUUGGCCUUCUGGAUGUAUCGGCAUCGCAAGCCCCCCUAUGGCCAUGUGGACAUCCAUGAGGACCCCGGGCCUCCGCCCCCAUCCCCUCUGGUGGGCCUGAAGCCACUGCAGCUACUGGAGAUCAAGGCUCGGGGGCGCUUUGGCUGUGUCUGGAAGGCCCAGCUCAUGAACGACUUUGUGGCUGUCAAGAUCUUUCCACUCCAGGACAAGCAGUCAUGGCAGAGUGAGCGAGAGAUCUUCAGCACACCUGGCAUGAAGCACGAGAACUUGCUGCAGUUCAUUGCUGCCGAGAAGAGAGGCUCCAACCUCGAGGUGGAACUGUGGCUCAUCACGGCCUUCCACGACAAGGGCUCCCUCACGGAUUACCUCAAGGGGAACAUCAUCACAUGGAAUGAAUUGUGUCAUGUGGCAGAGACGAUGUCACGAGGCCUCUCGUACCUGCAUGAGGAUGUGCCCUGGUGCCGUGGUGAGGGCCACAAGCCGUCCAUUGCCCACAGGGACUUUAAGAGCAAGAAUGUAUUGCUGAAGAGUGACCUCACGGCCGUGCUGGCUGACUUCGGCCUGGCUGUUCGGUUUGAGCCAGGGAAACCGCCAGGGGAUACCCAUGGCCAGGUAGGUACCAGACGGUACAUGGCCCCCGAGGUGCUUGAGGGAGCCAUCAACUUCCAACGAGACGCCUUCCUGCGUAUUGACAUGUAUGCUAUGGGUCUGGUGCUGUGGGAGCUUGUGUCUCGCUGCAAAGCUGCAGAUGGACCUGUGGACGAGUAUAUGCUUCCCUUUGAGGAGGAGAUUGGCCAGCACCCUUCGCUGGAGGAACUGCAGGAGGUGGUUGUACACAAGAAGAUGAGGCCUAUCAUUAAGGAUCACUGGCUGAAGCACCCGGGCCUGGCCCAACUCUGUGUGACCAUUGAGGAAUGCUGGGACCACGACGCAGAGGCUCGCCUCUCCGCGGGCUGUGUGGAGGAGCGGGUGUCCCUGAUCCGGAGGUCGGUCAACGGCACUACCUCGGACUGUCUUGUCUCCCUGGUGACCUCCGUCACCAAUGUGGACCUGCCCCCUAAAGAGUCCAGCAUAUAAGCCCUGGAUGUGUCUCCAGACUCAGUGGAUCUGAAGGAAAAAAAGGAAAGAAAAGUUGUGUUUUGUUUUGGAAAUCUUAUAAAACCAACAAACACAUAAAAUGCAGCU